AUGUUCCUGGUGAUGAAAGCGAUCGUGCUUCUGGCAUGUGCUGCCCUUGCUAUAAAGCAGGUGGUGUUCUUCAUCGAGGAGUAUAAGUCCCCGGCCAGGACAUUGUACACGGUGGAUGAUGUCGAAAGCAUCGCGGCUCCGGCGUUCACCGUCUGCCCGAAACCGUCGGGAAACACUUUCAACAAUACUCCAGGACUGAAAUACUUUAAUGCCACUUCCGUCUCGUUGCGGGACGUCAUCUCAAAAGCUCCUGGACCUGAGCUGAGCUCAACGACCACAACAAGAAUCAAUAGGGAAGCCAUCACUCGCUCUGUAAAUGGUGUUGGACAUUGGCGCGAACGUACAUUUUGGGAAACGACUGGAGGCGGAAAGGGUGGAGUUUUCUUCAAGUGCUUCACGCUUUUCCUGAAGGAAAACGUUACCAUGGGGCGAAGGAAUUCCACCGAUCCAUCCAUGGCCUUCACUUUCCAAUUCAAAGGAAUCCAGAAUUUCCCGGAGCCCAAGAUCGAAGUUUUCGUCCACGAUCAGUUGGAAAAUUUCACAUAUUUGGACACAUUCAAGGCUGAGCCGGUGGUCCUUUACGGCGGCUCCACCAUCGAGCUCUCUAUCCGUCCGGAGAUCGUCCAGAAUUCGGGCAGAAACGGGAAUCGCUGCUCCGAGGAAGUGGGCUACAGCUACACCACGUGCAUGGAGACGUGCUUUUGGAACUUCGUGCAGCCGAGACAUGAAAUAUCGUGCUUGAGUCCCUCUCUCCUGACCGACGAUGUCAUCCUGAGAAAACCCGAAUGUCGAUAUGUCGAAGAAGGUCAAUUGCUAGAGCGACUGGAUGAAGCCAGAAACGACUUUCGAAAUCGGUCGGGUAAUUGCAACUGUUCAAUUAGGUGCAUCACGACCAACUAUCGCAUCCUGGCGGUUUUGACAGCGGAGGGCGUGAAGAAUGACGAAUCUUCUUCUCUGAGCUUCAGUUUCCCAUCCAGCCGAGUGCCUCGUCUCGAGCAUCAGCCGGAGUGGUCCAUCCUUCAUCUCAUGUUCCACAUCGGGAAAGUGGUCGGCAUCUGCCUCGGAGUCAUGUGCAUCCUCCUCAUCUGCGACGUCAUCGAGGAGGCACGUUCCAGCGCCCGCUGGAAAUCGCUCCAGGGAAGCAGCGAUGCCACGCAUCGCCGCAAAUACUGA